UGCAGCCGUUGCUGGGUGCGCACGCGCAGUGGCUCUUCGAGCUGGCAAAAUGGCGGCGCCCGUAGACCUUGAGCUGAAAAAGGCAUUUAGUGAACUUCAGGCAAAAGUCAUUGAUACCCAGCAAAAAGUGAAACUUGCAGAUAUACAAAUAGAUCAGCUAAACAGGACGAAAAUGCACGCGCAUCUUACAGACACAGAGAUUAUGACCUUGGCUGACGAGACACGAAUGUAUGAAGGUGUAGGAAGAAUGUUUAUUCUUCAGUCCAAAGGAGUAAUUCACAGCCAACUUUUAGAAAAACAAAAAAGCGCAGAAGAGAAAAUUAAGGAAUUGGAGCAGAGAAAAUCGUACCUGGAGCGGAGCGUCAAAGAGGCUGAAGAUAACAUCCGGGAGAUGCUGAUGGCCCGAAGAGCACAUUAGGGGGCUUCAGCCCCCCUUCUUGCCUUUGGACUGAGCAGAGAAAAGCAGAGCAGCCUGGAAGCCAA